GGCGGAAGGAGCGACAGGCCGGAAGGAGGCAUCGGAGGGCGGGAGGCAGGAGCUGGCCCGGAGCUGCUGGGCCGGAGCGGCAGAGCCGCCAUGUCCGACAGCGAGAAGCUCAAUCUGGACUCUAUCAUCGGGCGCCUACUGGAAGUGCAGGGUUCGCGGCCUGGCAAGAAUGUACAGUUGACAGAGAAUGAGAUCCGUGGUCUGUGCCUCAAAUCCCGGGAGAUUUUCCUGAGCCAGCCCAUUCUUUUGGAGCUGGAGGCACCCCUCAAAAUCUGCGGUGACAUCCAUGGCCAGUACUAUGAUCUUCUAAGGCUGUUUGAGUAUGGUGGCUUCCCUCCAGAGAGCAACUACCUCUUCCUGGGGGACUACGUGGACCGGGGCAAGCAGUCGCUGGAGACCAUCUGCCUGCUGCUGGCCUAUAAGAUCAAGUACCCCGAAAACUUCUUCCUGCUCCGUGGGAACCACGAGUGUGCCAGCAUCAACCGCAUCUACGGCUUCUAUGAUGAGUGCAAGAGACGCUACAACAUUAAACUCUGGAAAACCUUCACCGACUGCUUCAACUGCCUGCCCAUCGCGGCCAUUGUGGACGAGAAGAUCUUUUGCUGCCAUGGAGGUCUCUCCCCGGAUCUGCAGUCUAUGGAGCAGAUUAGGCGUAUCAUGCGGCCCACAGAUGUGCCUGACCAGGGGCUGUUAUGUGACCUGCUGUGGUCUGACCCUGACAAGGAUGUGCAGGGCUGGGGCGAGAACGACCGUGGUGUCUCCUUUACCUUCGGGGCUGAGGUGGUGGCCAAGUUCCUGCACAAGCACGACUUGGACCUCAUCUGCCGGGCACACCAGGUCGUAGAAGAUGGCUAUGAGUUCUUUGCCAAGCGGCAGCUGGUGACACUCUUCUCAGCUCCCAACUACUGUGGCGAGUUUGACAAUGCAGGCGCCAUGAUGAGUGUGGACGAGACGCUCAUGUGCUCCUUCCAGAUCCUCAAGCCCGCCGACAAGAACAAGGGGAAAUAUGGGCAGUUCAGUGGCCUGAACCCUGGCGGCCGGCCCAUCACCCCACCCCGCAACUCCGCCAAAGCCAAGAAAUAGCCUGUGGGUGCCCGCUGUCUGCCCCCGAGGGUGGACUGUGCAGCAAUCUCACAGCCGUGGGGGUCACACUGGCCCCUGGGCCUACCCAUCAAGGGAACACGGAGCCUUGGUGUAUUUUUCUUUUUUUUUUAAUGAAUCAGUAGCAGCGUCCAAUCCCCCAGGGCUCCCCCUGCCUGUGCCUCGGUGGCUGCAAGCAGGAUCCUGGGGCUGAGGCUGCAGCUCAGGGCAAAGCAGGGCCAGGUUGUGGGUCUCCAGCCUUGCUUGGCCUCAGGGCUGGCAGCCGGAUCCUGGGCAACCCAUCUGGUCUCUUGAAUAAAGGUCAAAGCUGGAUUCUCA